UUAAACUUGCAUCCUAAAAUAUUUUAAAAUAUUCAAAUUACAAACUAGAAACUACUUUCUCCGUAUUAUAAUUUUAACAAAAAGUGCCAUUCUAGAUGUUCACUAAAACAAGUUGGGAUUUGUGGAAGGAAGAGUGCAAACAGCUAGGCGUCGUCACGUUUUGCCGGGAUCUGGAUCAAGCAAUCGGAAGCGGCGUACCGGUUGGAAUGAUCUCCGAAUUCUGCGGUCCGCCCGGAAGUGGAAAAACCCAGAUGUGCUUGCAGUUGUGCAUCAACGCUCAGAUCCCAGCUCAGCUGGGAGGACUAGGCGCGAAGGCAGUUUAUUUCGACACGAACUUUGGAUUCCAUCCCGGCAGACUACAAGAAAUAGCUUCUGCCUGUGUCCGGCACUGUCAAAGACUGGUGCAAAUCCACAAGAAAGAACUCGUUGCGGCCACACGUGAUUUUACCAUCGAUAGAUUAAUGAACGGAGUGUACUACAGACACAUUCAUGAAUGUAGUGAAAUGUUGGAGGGAAUCGAAACGCUUGAAAGGCUUUUAAAAUCCGGAGAAAAGAUAAAACUAGUGGUGAUUGACUCAAUAUCUUUUCUUAUAAGAAAUAAUAUAGAGAAUUCUUUCGAGAGGAUACAGGUGGAUCACGUUAUACUUACAAAACUACAUGUUCUGGCUCAACAGUACAAAUGUGCGGUGGGUAUAGAUUCGCUUGCUAGCGCCCAAGUUUGUUUCGAAUCAUUUUCCUAUCACCAGAUUGUCAUCACCAACGAUGUAACGACACGAAUCAACGGACAGGAUUCCCAGGUGAUACCUGCCCUAGGCGACACCCACAGUCAUAAGAUUAACCAAAGAGUGAUUCUCGGACAAUCCGACGAGGACCCAGCCGGAGUUCACAUAGCUUCGGUGGAAAAGGGACUAUUUCGGACACGUAUGGCAGUGAAGUUUCAAAUCAGUCAAGCCGGUAUUAGAGGCGUUCGGAAGAAGUGAU